CCCUGCUCUUCCCUCAUCCUUCUCCAGCUGCUGUUGGUCUGCCCCAGUGCUGUUUCUCUAGCGCACCAAAACUGUGGCACUGAUGGAGAUGGAAGCAAACCAGAUAACCUUGGAGAGCUUGGAGAAGGGCACAGAGAACCCAGCUUUCAGCCCCACGGGGGAGGAGAGGCUUGGUGAGGAAGACCACGGUCGGUGUGGUGAGAGCAAGGAGAGGGGCACAGAAGAGGAAGGGCAAGGGCAGCUCUCCUGCUGCAGGAGGGCUCUGCAGCCAGUGGCCAAGGCCAAGCGCUUCUGCAAGGCUCAUACCAAGAUGCUGAGAAGAAUCAUGCUGGGACUCCUUGGAGUGGGCUACCUGUGCUACUUUAUUGCUGCCUGUUGGCUCAACUUCCAGCGAGCCCUUCCCUUGGUCAUCAUGACUGCUGUGGUUGCCUUCUUCAGCUUCUGGAGCCUCUUCAAGAAGUUCUGUGGGGCAAAAGUAUUGCUGCUGCUCAGGCCUGUUUGGAAAUGCUGCCAGAAGUGCUGGCCCUGGCUGAGAUGGCUCCUGUGGGCAGCUCUCCUGGGGGGUCUGAUCGCGUGGCUGGUGUUGGACACCUCCAAACACCCAGAGCAGCUCAUCUCAUUGGCUGGCUUCUGCUUCCUGGUGCUGUUCCUCUUCGCCUGCUCCAAGCACCACGGUGCAGUGUCCUGGAGAGCUGUUUUUUGGGGUCUUGGCUUGGAGUUCUUGUUUGGAAUCUUUGUCCUCCGAACAGCCCCUGGCACCCAAGCUUUUCAGUGGCUGGGUGACCAAAUCCAGUACUUCCUGGGCUACACCACAGCUGGCUCCAGCUUUGUCUUCGGGAACUCGCUCAUUGAAGAGGUCUUCGCCUUCCAGACUCUGCCCAUCGUUGUCUUCUUCAGCUGCGUGAUGUCCAUCCUCUACUACCUGGGUGUCAUGCAGUGGAUCAUUGUCAAGAUCUCCUGGCUGCUUCAAGUUUCCAUGGGCACCACUUCCACUGAGACCCUCAGCGUGGCAGGGAACAUUUUUGUGGGUCAGACGGAGGCGCCGCUGCUGGUGAAGCCGUACCUGGCGGACAUGACUCGCUCGGAGCUCCACGCGGUGAUGGUCGGCGGCUUCUCCACCAUCGCGGGCAGCGUCAUGGGCGCCUACAUAUCCUUCGGGAUAGAUGCGGCGUCGCUGAUCGCAGCUUCAGUGAUGGCUGCGCCCUGCGCCCUCGCCAUGGCCAAACUCACCUACCCAGAGGUGGAAGAGUCCAAGUUCAAGGGCAAGGAAAGCAUCCAGUUCUCCAGUGGGGAAGCGCAGAACGUUCUGGAAGCUGCCAGCAAUGGGGCUGCUGCCUCGGUGGGGCUGGUGGCCAACAUUGCAGCCAACCUCAUCGCCUUCCUGGCAGUGCUGGAGUUCAUCAAUGCUGCCCUGCGCUGGCUUGGGGGGAUGGUGGACAUCCAGGGGCUUUCCUUCCAGGUGAUCUGCUCCUACGUCCUCAUGCCAGUGGCCUUUCUGAUGGGGGCAGACUGGGCAGACUCCCCGCUGGUGGCCGAGCUCCUGGGGAUCAAGAUCUUCUUGAAUGAAUUUGUGGCAUACCAGCAGCUGGCACAGUACAAGAAGAAGCGGCUGGCAGGGCUGCCCGAGUGGGAUGGUGACCACAAGCAGUGGAUAUCUGAGCGAGCCGAGAGCAUUGCCACCUUCGCACUCUGUGGCUUCGCCAACCUCAGCUCCAUUGGCAUAGUGCUGGGAUGCCUGGCCUCCCUGGUUCCCCAGCGCAGAGGUGUCAUCGCCUCCCUCGUGCUGCGUGCCCUCCUCGCUGGCAUCUGCGUCUCCAUGCUCAACGCCUGCCUGGCAGGUCUCCUUCAUGUACCAACGGAAGCAAUUGACUGUGCAACCUUCUUCAGCACUGUCAACUUCAGCUCCCCCAGCUACCCCCUGUACACCUGCUGCAAGGAGCUCUUCACCAGCUCAGUACUGGAAAAUGGGACACUGUCCUUCACGGGCCCCUGGGCUGCCCUGGCACAGGGUGUGCUGUACCUGACGCAGUGCUGUGGGCACUACAACCACACCUCCUGCGUGGGGACAGCCUAG